UUAAACAGAAAAAGAAGAAGAAGAACGCAUGCGCAGUGUCUAAUAAAAGCGAGUCGGUUAAAGUUGGAAGCAACGCUGUUUAUCAACCACAAUAUUUUAAGCAAAGAAGUAUAAUCAUGGCGUCUGUUCCUCCCCUCUCUUCUCUGCGCCUGCUUGUUCCUCCUCUGCGUCUCACAUCCGCCUUGAUGUGGCAAAUUGUCCAGGAUAAGAAUGUGGAGCAGUUUGGAAAACUGGAAGAAUUUGUUUCUGUAAUGACAAACCUUGUCCCAGAAAUCUUAAGUAAAAGACAGAGGGCAACAUUGAUAGUCGGUUUGCGGGCAAAGAUGAUUCUUGAGAUGUGUAGAGGUGAACUUCCAGCAGACCUUCAGACUGUUAAGUCACACAUUCAGUGCAUUAAGACCACAGAUUUAUUAAAGGUGAAUGAUUCGGAAAUGGAGAACUUACAGGACAGUGUUCUUCAGCUUGUUCUGAGCUUGCUGGAAGACUCCUUUAAAAGAGAAUACUUCUUUCAGGAGGUGUUUCCAGUAGAGUAUGGUCCUGACUUUGAUAAAGCAUUACAAGUCCUUGUAGGCUUUUUUCUUUCCAGAUUGGAACAGCUUCUGCCUGUACUAAACUUCAAACAGGUUUCAUUGCUGCUCAGCUGUCACCCUGCAGAGUUAGAUGCAUGUGUAAACUCUGUCUGUAAAUCACAGGAUUUACUAUCCUUGCUGCAGACUGAUGUGUGUGGGACUUUAGAAAAAAAUGUUCUUCCCUCCAUAGUGGAGGAUAGAAUAGUCUCCUCAUUGUCUCUGCCUCCCAUCAGUCAUUCUGCCAUUAUAAACCAGCACAACGAUGAUGGCAAGUUACAAGUGCCUGUUUGUCCUGAUAACCUGCUAAUUAAAGAACACAGUGUGGUCCAGGAGACCAAGACAAGUGAUCCCAAUGUCCAAGAUGAAGGAUCAAGCUCCGGCAGUGUGGUCCAGGAGACCAAGACAAGUGAUCCCUAUGUCCAAGAUGUAGGAUCAAGCGUCAGCAGUGAAUCAUCUGAAUGCUCAAGAGACAGAGGUGGAGAAAAGGAAACUAACUCUAAUGCAUAUGAAUUGCAAAAGAGUAAUGCAGAAGAACCAAAUGUACCAUCAUCCACUACUAAUGCCCAUCGAGUUUUUCAAGCUGCUGUGCCUCUUCAGCCUCCGACUCUUGACACCUUUCCGAAUAAACCUUCUAAAGGCUUCCAUUAUGCUGGCAGGACUGUCCACAAAUGUCAGCAGUGUACAAAUUAUUUCAUAUAUCGCACUGAUCUUCUCAAGCACCAGGAAAUUCACACCAUGGAGGGGGGACACAAGUGCCCUCAAUGUGGGCAAGUUUUCAGUGAUUUGACACAGCUGGCUUCACACAGAAUAACUGGCUGCAAUGCCAGAGUUUUCGAAUGUGUCAAGUGUACAGCCCAUUUUAGAUCUCUAAGAACCCUGUACAGACACAACAGAGUACACAAAGAGAAAACCACACACAAAUGCCCUGAAUGUGGAAGGCUUUUCACAAGUCUGUCAAGGUUAGUAGGUCACAGACGAGUUCACAAAUCUCCUUCAAUUAAAAGAAGUUACAAUUGCAAACAAUGCAGCGAGACUUUUGGGUCAUACCGAGCCAGUUUAAUUCACCAGAAGAUCCAUAAAGUCAAAGACGUCCGCCCGUCCAAACCAGAACAGCAACCAGGAAAAUGUCGUUUCUGUGACUUAACAUUCAGUGUUGACAGUGAAUUAAGAAGCCAUCUCAAGACACAUGCAGAGUUCCGACCAUAUAUAUGUGACCAGUGUGGAAAGUGCUUUUCAGCAAACAGCAGCCUUCUUGCCCAUCUUUCAAACCACACAGGGGAGAAACCUCUCCUUUGCUCGCAAUGCGGAAAACGCUUUUACAGCAAGAUCCAAUUGAAAUCUCACAUGAGGUGUCAUUCUGGUGAACGGCCACACAUCUGUCCAUACUGCAAUAAGCAAUUUUCUCUGUCUGGUAAUUUGAAGAUUCACAUCAGAAUUCACACAGGAGAAAAGCCUUAUGUUUGCCAUCAGUGUGGAAAAGGUUUUGUGUCCGCGGGAUGCUUGCAAGUGCAUCUGCGCUCUCACACUGGAGAGAAACCAUAUCAGUGCAAAAUCUGUGGCAAGAAAUUUGUGGUUUCAAGUCACCUGACAGCUCACAUGUGUUUUCAUACUGGAGAACGUCCACACUGCUGUUUACAGUGCGGCAAAAGAUUCAUCCGGCGGUAUGACUUGAGCAAGCACAUGUACACUCACAUUGGGAAACGGCCUUUUCCGUGCCCACUUUGCUCGAAGGCAUACACAUGUCGCACACACUUGAACAGGCACAUGAAGAGCCACAGUGUUUGACGCAAAUCCUUUUGUUAUCCUGAGUGCCUUGGGGGGUAAAAAAUGUCUGUGAUUUAAAAAUGAAUAGUUCACAUAAUAAUAAAACAUAAUCAUUUACAUACAAAUUCCAAACCUGUAUGCAUUUUUUUUUUGUGGAAUGUAAAGGAGAAAUUAAGAAUUUAGUUUUCCUUAUCUAAGACUACUUUUGCAGACUGCAUUUUUUAACAAACCUAUUUAUGUGUGUAACAUUCCUAGUCCUACUUUAACUUUAACAAGCAUUUCCCCUCCAGUGAGUUGUAAACUGUUUUAGUUAUGGGGUAAAAAUUUUAAGAUCAGCAAAACUUUUGUAAUGUGGUAUUGUGUAGUUAAACAGCCAAAAAAAUGUUUUUCUCAAUUUCCCAUGACAAAGAUUAUUAGAAAAUACGAAUAUUUUAAUAGUUCGAUCCUCACACAGAGCGGUUUCUGAAGGAAAUAACAUGCAUGUGGACUGUUUUCCUACUUCUGUUUCCCUGUUUUUUUGCUCUUUAUUUCUAGAAAAAUUUACUCA